AUGGUAAAUAAUACUACUUCUGCAUUAAACCAGUAUAUAUGCGAAACAGUUAAUAACGAUUGUAUCGGUGCGAUUAUAUUUAUUAUCGUUGUUCUUCUAUGGUAUUCAUCAAGUAUUGUAUUUCUUCUGGGAAUGCAAAUUGGAACAUCGAGAGAAACACUUGAUAAUUCAACAAAAGGUCCAACAAAAAACUUUGUUCGAAGUUUACGAGAUCAAAGUAACAAUACAGAAAUAUUAAAAGAACUUGUUGAUAAACAAAAACGAGAUAAAUUAUGGGAUAUUUAUUUGGGUACAAAAGAAAAUGUAGCCGAUAGAAUAGCACAUGCUGAAACAGUUCGUAUUCGUAAUAUUGAAAAGCAGUUAUCAUUGAGAAGUGAAGAUCGUUGUGAUAGUUUUCAAAGAACGUUUGAUGAUAGUUAUAUUAGAUACACGAAUUCAAAUUUAUGGGUAUCAGAUACCGAUUUAUCUUCACAAAGUUCACGUCUACGUACUCGUCGACGAUCAUCAUCAGAUCAUAAGAUUCUUGAAGAAUGGCAAAUACUUGCUAAUAAAUUCAAAACUCAUGAGAAUUGGCCAUGGACUAUACGAAAAUUAUUCAUUCGAAGACAUUUACGACGACAACGAUAUACAUCAGAGUGUGGAUCAGCACCUUAA